CUACACACAUUGUGUUGGUUGCUCAAUCCACGACAAGUCUUUGAUAUAACGAGCCUUAAAGGACCAAAAUUCGGUCUAGAAAUUUAUCGAAAACUGGUAACACAAUUACGAAUACUUGUUUGUGGAGGAGAUGGAACUGUUGGAUGGGUACUACAAACGUUGGAUAGUCUGAAUUGGCCUGCCUAUCCACCUAUGGCAAUCAUGCCACUUGGAACGGGUAAUGACCUCUCUCGAUGCAUGGGAUGGGGUGGAACGUUUUCGGACGAGCCACUGAGCCAACUUCUUCAGGCGAUCUUCCACGAAACCACAGUAACCCACCUAGAUCGAUGGCGAAUACAUGUGUCACCGAAUGAGACCUGUGCGAUGGAUACUUCAGAUGAGCUUAGCGAUGCUGUACAGUCGUCACUGCCCCUGACUGUCAUGAACAACUACUUUUCUAUCGGAGCCGAUGCUCAUGUUGCUCUUCAGUUCCAUCAUAGUCGAAGUGCGAAUCCACAGAUGCUGAACAGCCGACUGAAGAAUCGUAUCGCUUACGGUGGUCUCGGUACUAUCGAUUUGUUCAAGAGGACAUGGAAAGAUCUAUCCGAGUACAUUUAUCUUGAGUGCGAUGGAAUCGAUAUCACACCACGAAUCAAGGAACUCAAGUUACACUGUAUCCUGUUCCACAACAUCACCUACUAUGCAGGUGGUACGACUCCAUGGGGCAGUGAAGUGACGGCAGAUAGUGUGAAGCCGAGUUGCUGUGAUGGCCGUAUCGAAGUGCUCGGAUUUACGACAGCUACGCUUGCUGCUCUUCAAAUGGGUGGAAAAGGAGAGCGGCUAGCUCAGUGUUCCCAAGUCAGCGUGACGACAUACAAAGCGAUUCCCAUGCAGUUAGGGCUCCUGAACAGAAUCCGUAAUCUGGGCGUAAGGAGCUGUUUUCAGGUUCCCAUGCUCAAGAGGGAAAAGAAAAUUGCUUGUACUCCGAAUCUGAUUCGUCGUAAUACAAAAGCUGACAAAAAGGACUCACAGGUGCAAUCAACGUCAUUGAUCGUUCAUUUGCCUGUGAUUGUUGUUGGACGGCAUGACUACGAUACCUACAAAGAUGUUAUUGAUCGACUUAAAGAAACAGCAUUCGAAAUUGGUGUAAUCAAUUUGGAAUCAGAAAGCGAUCUCGAUGUCGCUCGAGCACUUAUCCAGAAACUCCUUGAUGAUCAUCCCUGUUUGCCGUAUGAACCAUCAAAAGAGUGGCGAUUCCUUGAUUAUGUUACAAACGCUGAAGAAGGCACAUUCCGAGUUUCACGAGGACAAGAACGAGUUCAAUCUGUCUCAGACAUAUGCAAUCCUGAUGAAUGUCUUCUGAUUCUCGACGAUGCUUUCCCAUCAAUCACUAGCAGAUCGACGGCUAUCGGAAACGAGCUGGUUGAUGGGGCCCAACCGCCUCGCACACUGAUGCAACGACGUAUCAGUGAAACACUAAGAAUCGUUCUGAGCAGUGAAGCACAGGAGACCCAUCUCUGA